AUGCCUCUCAAGGCGAAAAUCCUCGACCCGAGCGGGUCACAACGCGCGCAAAUGUCCACGAGUCCCGACCAGUCGAGCAAGAAGCGCUCGGCCAGCGACCCAAACGAUGUCUUGUUCAACAACCUGUACGGUUUGCGCACCAUUGAGCUCAACAGGCCAGGAAAGCUCAACUCUCUCAAUGGAUCCAUGGCCAAGAAGAUCCUUCCCCGGCUGCAGGAAUGGUCGAAAUCGGAUCUGGCCAAUCUCAUCGUCAUGAAGGGAGCAGGCAAUAAGGCGUUCUGUGCCGGAGGUGACGUCGCUGAGCUCGCUAUUCAGAACAAAGAGGGAAGCAAGGGGCAGCAAGCUUCCUCAAGAUACUUUGCCCUCGAGUAUAAGCUCGACCACUACAUCGCCACAUACAACAAGCCGUAUAUCGCAUUCAUGGAUGGCAUCACCAUGGGCGGAGGCGUCGGUCUUAGCAUCCACGCCCCAUUCAGGAUCGCCACAGAGAGGACAGUGUUCGCCAUGCCUGAGACGACGAUUGGGUUCUUCCCCGAUGUGGGCGCUUCGUUCUUCUUGCCGAAGAUGCCAGGUGCGGUCGGCACGUAUCUUGCUUUGACCAGUGACCGACUGACUGGAGCGAACGUCUUCUACUCCGGCAUCGCCACGCACUACCUACACUCUACGAGUCUGCCCAGUCUUGAGUCUCGGUUGGCUGAGCUCCAAUUCCACGACUACGAGGACAUCAAGUACAGACUCGACAUCAUCAAUCGUACUAUCAACGAAUUCUCGACUGGCCUCCCCCACGACGUUCCUAUCCACAUUGGUGGAGAGCUGCGGAACGCUAUUGACAGGUGUUUUGGCCAACCGACCGUGCCCAAGAUUCUGAAGGCUUUGAAGCAAGAGACCGGGUCCACCCAGGCAUGGGCUGAACAGACUUUGGCCACCCUCCGUCAGCGGUCGCCUAUUGCUGUUCACGUGACACACAAGCAAAUGCAGGUUGGCAAGACUUGGAGCAUUGCGGAGACAUUCAAGCGGGAACACCAGAUUGCCGCCCAGUUCAUGGCGCACCCCGAUUUCGUCGAGGGUGUGACAUGCCAGCUCAUCUCCAAGGAGAAGCCCCGACCAAAGCCACAGUGGCAGCCUGCCACUCUCGAGGAUGUCAAGCCCGCCCAGGUUGAUGCAUUCUUCAACAGCAAGCUGGCGCCCGAACUGGAGCUGUUGAGCGAACAAGACUUUGAGGGGGCUUACCCAUACGCAUGGCUAGGCCUGCCUACCGAAGAAGCGGUGGAGCAAUACGUCAAGUCAAAGCCGAGGGGCCGGAAAGAGAUCAUACAACACUUUGUGGACCUGCAGCAGGGCAAGCUCGGUGUCAAUGUGGUCGUGGAUGAGGUGCUCGCUCGCAAGACAACUGUUGGGGGUGACGGACAGCUCGUCUGGAAGGAUAGCUUAUAG